CGUGGAGCUCACGGCCAGCUUUGGGGGCCAAGUGCGGACGCGCAGGAUGGGCAGCCGGGACGGACACACAGGCCAGCAGAUGGUCAAACUUUCUGGUGUAAACGUCUGUGGAGGGCAGUGCUGUAUUGGAUGGAGCAAGGCCCCCGGAUCCCAGCGCUGCACAAAACCCAGCUGUUUACCCCAGUGCCAGAAUGGCGGCAUGUGCCUCCGACCGCAGAUGUGUGUUUGCAAGCCUGGCUCUAAGGGCAAAUCCUGUGAGCAGACCACCCUGCCCCCUUCCUCUCACCCAUCCGGACCUGUGAAUGGUCACACUGGCGGUCACGCCAACGGACACACCAACGGUCACACCGGUGGACAUACAAAUGGGCAUAACAUAGUGCCCCAGCGGCCUAUUCCACAGCAAGUCCACCCACAAAGUCCAGUUCAGGGCCCCUUGCCACUGCCCGGCGGCAACAUGGCACACAUGACCCUGACCAUGAAGGCCUCUCCAAAUGGCCCCAUCCCCUUCCAGCAACACGUACAGCCUCCCGUCUCCAUGACGAUGCACCAAAGCAAAAGCCAGAAGUUUGUGAUCAAGCCAAAGUAUUACCACACGCACACGCAGGUGCAUGGUGUUGGACAGACGCCCGAGCGUAGCAUUCCGUUGACCGUCGGACAUCAUCCCCUCACCGCGGGUAACCACACUGGCCGGAUCAAGGUGGUCUUCACUCCCACCAUCUGCAAGGUGACCUGCACCGGCGGCCGCUGCCAGAACACCUGCGAGAAGGGCAACACCACUACCAUCAUCAGUGAAAACGGACGCGCCACCGACACCCUCACCGCCCCCAACUUCAGAGUAGUGGUUUGCCACCUGCCCUGUAUGAAUGGAGGGAAAUGUAGUGCAAGAGAUAAGUGCCAGUGCCCGCCCAACUUUACCGGAAAGUUCUGCCAGAUGCCGGCCCAGAAUGGCCACCGGGGGCAACAGACAGUGGUGAACGGCCAGGGUGCUCAAGUCCAUUCCACACACACACUCCCGCUGACCUUCAGCUCAGGCCAGAACCAGGGUCUGGUGAACAUCCAUGUGAAACAUCCCCCAGAAGCAUCGGUACAGAUCCACCAGGUGUCCCAGGUGGACAGCAGCAGCAGCGGCCAUUCAAAGACGUCGCAGUCAGGUCACUCGUACAGCUACCACAUGUCCGAAAGCAGCAGCUCCAGCAGUAGCAGCAGCAGCCAAAAGAUCCAGCACCACAGCCACAGUGUCGUAUACCCUAACCAGCAAACCUUCCUGCAGUACCAGCCAGUGACCUCCAAGAGCCAACUCGGACGCUGCUUCCAGGAGACCACUGGCACGCAGUGUGGAAAAGCCCUCCCAGGCCUUUCCAAGCAGGAGGACUGUUGUGGAACCAUGGGCACAUCCUGGGGAUUCCACAAAUGCCAGAAGUGUCCCAGAAAGCAAUCGAUUCCGCUGUUGGAGUGUCCUCAGGGCUACAAGAGGUUCAACGGCACACGCUGCAUCGACAUCAAUGAGUGCCAGCUGCAGGGAGUUUGUCCUAAUGGGAACUGCAUCAACACUGUGGGCAGCUACAGGUGCUUGUGUAAGCCUGGCUUUAUACCGGACGCCACACUGACCACCUGCUACCCCGAGGCUCCUCAGGUGCGUGAGGAAAGGGGCGCUUGUUUCCGUCUGGUCGGCCCAGGUGCUCAGUGCUUGCACCCAGUGUCCACUCAGCUGAGUAAGCAGCUGUGUUGUUGCAGCGUGGGGAAAGCCUGGGGCCCACACUGCGAUCGCUGCCCCCUGCCUGGGACAGCUGCGUUUAAGGAGAUAUGUCCUGGCGGCAUGGGCUACCAUGUCACCACUCCAUAUGUCUACAAGCCCAAACCUCCCCCAGCCAACCCCUGGAACCAGCCAGACAGCCAUGGGCAGCCCAAGCCCACAAUCAAGCACCAGGAACCUGUGCCGGGGGUCCUGCCCCUGCCCUUCCCUACGCUGCAGCAGCCCGUGGAGGCUUUCAGCUUUACCGAGAGACAGCUGCCCGUUGUGCCAGAGGUGGUAGAGAAAAUCGUGCCAGCCGCUCCAGUAGCCAUCUUGCCGUCCAGCGCCCCCCAGGACAUCUCGCCUACUCAGCUGGCAGAGGUGGACGAGUGUAUAAUUAGGCCUGAUAUUUGCGGCCAAGGCUUCUGCUACAAUACACCAGAGAGUUACAACUGCAUCUGCCAUGAGGGCUACAGGCUGGACGAUGAGGGCAGCACAUGUAUAGACGUUGACGAGUGCGCGGACAGACCGGAUCUAUGCUCCAACGGUCGCUGUAAGAACACUCCUGGAAGCUUCCUGUGCGUGUGUAACCUUGGCUUCAUUCCGGACGAGGAGGGCACCAGCUGCAUCGAUGUAGAUGAAUGUGAGGUUCCUCGUAUGUGCCCUGAGAACAGUCUUUGUGUGAACACGCUGGGCUCCUACACCUGUCGUCACUGUGGCAGCGGCUACAGACUGGGCCAGAGCGGACAAUGCGAAGAUGUGGACGAGUGUCAGAAUGGAAGCGUGUGUCCCUCCGGUCUCUGCUAUAACACUCUUGGCUCCUACAUGUGCAGCCCGUGUCCUGAGGGAUUCCAGGGCAAGGAUGGCCAAUGUGUAGAUAUUGAUGAGUGUCUGGACGGAACGGCCUGUGCCAAUGGUCAGUGCUCCAACCAUGAGGGCUACUUUGUGUGCGCAUGCAAUGAGGGCUUUGUUCUGGUUCGUGAUGGCAAGGCCUGUACAGAUAUUGACGAGUGUCAGGAUGAAAGUGUGUGCACAAGGGGUCACUGUCAGAACACAGAGGGGUCAUUCAUCUGCAACUGUGAGACUGGCUUCAGGCUGGCUUCAUCAGGGGAGCAAUGUGACGAUGUCGAUGAAUGUCAGGAGUUGUCAGGGCUGUGUGAUGGUGUGGGUCAGUGUGUUAACAACAUGGGCUCGUACCACUGCAACUGCCCACUAGGGUACAGGCAAGUCAACGGCACCAGCUGCCAAGAUGUGGAUGAGUGCGUGGAAGAGAGUCACUUGCGACUGCACGGGGAGUGUGUGAACACAGAGGGCUCAUUUCACUUCAUCUGUGAGCCUGGAUAUGUGUGGACACAGGACCCGCCUGGCUGCGAAGAUGUGGACGAGUGCGCUCUAAACAGGAGUGUGUGUCGAGGGCAUGGAGUGUGUCAGAACACAGUGGGCUCGUUCAUGUGCCAGUGUGACCCGGGCUACCAGGACACUGAUGGUCAGGGCUGUGUGGACCUGAAUGAGUGCGAGCUCCUGAGCGACGUUUGCGGUGAGGCAGUGUGUGAGAAUGUGCCCGGCUCCUUCCUGUGUGUGUGUGAAGAGGGUCUCGAGUUCAACCGGAUGACGGCCAAGUGCUUACCUGCACCUAAAGCCUCGUCUGUCGAGAGGAAAGAGUGCUACUACAACCUGAACGACGAGAACUUGUGUGACAAUGUUCUGACCAGCAGCGUGACCAUCGAGGAGUGUUGCUGCACACUGGGAGCGGGCUGGGGGGACAACUGCGAGGUGUUCCCCUGUCCUGUACAGGGAACAGAUCAGUUUGCUCAAAUGUGUCCAGCUGGUCCGGGCAGCGUUCCAACGGGGGACGCUGUGUUUGGAGUUUCCUCAGCCAACAACUACAAAGACGCUGAUGAGUGCGCCCUCUUUGGGGAGGAGAUUUGUAAAGGCGGCUUCUGUCUGAACGUGGACAGAGGAUACGAGUGCUACUGCAAGACUGGAUUCUACUACGAUGAGUUCAAACUUCAAUGUGUGGAUACGGACGAGUGUUUAGAUGAGUCCAACUGUGUAGAUGGCCAGUGCUUCAACAAUCAUGGCUCCUACCAAUGCUUCUGCACUCCCCCCAUGAUGCUAGCCCCAGACAACAAGCGCUGUGUUUUCCCUGCUGUUGCAGAGCACAGGGAGCAGGACAUGUUCCACAAUACUUGCUGGGAGACUGUUACAGAGACACUGACCUGCAGUAAUCCACUGAGUAACCGGAAGACCACGUAUGCCGAGUGCUGCUGCCUGUAUGGAGAGGCCUGGGGCUCGGAGUGUGCCCUCUGUCCCCUUAAACACACAGCGGACUACGUCACCAUGUGUAACAUCCGGGGCGCCGUUGCCGGUAGACGGCCGUAUGGCCGUGAUGCUCUAGUUGCUGCUCCUGUCCACGAGUACGAGGCCAGAACUGAGUAUGAGCAGCGACCCAUCGACCCUGAACCUUCCUUCUAUGAGGACUACGCAAACCCUACCACUGGUCGGUAUGAUGCGUUUGAAGGCUUGCGGGCCGAGGAGUGCGGUGUGCUGAACGGCUGUGAGAACGGACGCUGUGUGAGGGUGCAGGAGGGCUACACCUGCGACUGCUUUGAUGGAUACACACUCGACCUGUCUCGAAUGGCCUGCGUCGAUGUGAACGAAUGCUCAGAACUCAACAAGCGCAUGUCACUGUGCAAAAACGCCAAGUGCAUCAACACACCGGGCUCGUAUAAAUGCCAGUGCCUUCCCGGCUACACGCAGUCUGACCAGCCCAACUACUGCGUCCCCAGCCAGCAGAGUGCAGCGCCCGCAGUCCGCACUGCGACCGAGUGACCAGCAGAGGGCGCCACAAACACUACAAACACUCUUAUUUAAUCAAAGCCCAUAUACUCUGCACUGUAUGACUUAUAAAAAAUCACAAAAACAAAACAGCAACAAAAAUUUCUUACUUGAGAUGAAGAUAAAUUUAACAUGCUAUCUUAUGGUGCGACGGCGAGAGAAAAACAGAACUGUAUAAAAUUGUACGUUUUUAUUGUCUGUCUAUGUAAGUUUGGUUU